GACUGGGAGGAGAACCUGUUAGCUGGCUCAUCAAAAAACACCAUCAAAGCGUCCACCAGGCUUUUCCUUUUCCACCGGCUGAAAAGCAGGAAACAGAAGAACAACAAGGCCUCUUCUAAAGAUCAGGAGGAGAACCACAGCGAGCACACGGACUCUGAGCUGGAUUUACCCGUGUCUCUAAAGCCGAGGCCACAGGACACCAUAGGCGAGGACAGCUUUUUCGAUCUCCUCUCUCGGUUCCAGAGCAGCAGAAUGGACGACCAAAGGUGUUCACUGAUUGGCCAGAGCCACCUCUCUGCCCGCCCCUCCCCCUCCUCUGCCUUACCUGUAGAGAAAUCCACUUCAAAAGACGACACGUCAUCACAGGAUCCUGGACAUUUCCUGGAGCUGCUGGCCAGCUCCCAGGCCCGACGUCUGGACGACCARCGAGCCAGCCUCAGCCAUUUUCCUGGCUUACGUCUCAGCACCUGCAGCCCGCCGCCUAUACCCUCCACCUCCAACGCAGAGCCAGCCCCACCGUCGGCAAUAACUCCUGCUGCAAACACAAGUCACACACCCUCCCUUUACAAUCAUCUCGUGGACAGUGCUGACCAGCCUGAAGCAGACGACGUCUUCUUCGACAUGUUGGUGAAGUGCCAGGGCUCCAGGCUGAACGACCAGAGGUGUGCCGCUCCUCGUCCCACAACAAAAGGACCGACGGUUCCAAACGAGGAUUUCUUUAGUCUCAUCUUGCGCUCUCAGUCCAACAGGAUGGAAGAGCAGCGGGUCCCGCCCCCCUCUGSUGUCAAUCAAACCAAACCAGGCUGACGUCAUGAAAGAUUUGCCACAACGUAUUAAAUGAAGUAGGCAAGGUUUGUUUCCCACCAUUUUCAUUGCUUUUGUAACCCAUAAAACAAUCGAUCCCUGCCUUUUUUUUUUUUUACAUUUAUUUUUUUAUUUUUGGAUCGUCCUGAGGACGUUCCUGUGAGUUGGAGUGGACUUAAUGGACUUCAAAAAAGGAAGCAGGAUUCCAGAAAAUAAAGGACAGAAGUUCCGCUUUCAUUUUGGGUCACAAAUGGACUUCUUUUUUUUUUUCUUUUUUUUUUUUUUACAUCAAACUCUUUCUGGAGGCUUGCAUCAAGUCACGUCAGACUAAACCUGUAUUCCAACAUUGUUAGGAAAAUAAAAACUAUUUCUGUUCUUUGAUCCUGGACAAUAAGUUUUCACAGUAAAGCCAACUGGRAUAAUGCAGGUUUAAACUGAUCUCAGAUCCGUGCAGCUCUAACUCAUCAUGAGGGCUCAAAUUGCGGAGCUCCACUGAAAUAAGAGGCCAAAUCGUCAACUAUUCUGCUGAGUGCUGGAUUCGUUUACAGUAUCAGCUUCUGGAUAUUGCUUCCGGAGAUUUAAAGACUGUCGCUUUUACUGUGUUAAAGGUUUUACGAGUCGUUUUAUUACUAUAAACCAAAAUGGGAUUUUUUUUCRUCAUUGUAACGAGCUUCUACAGAAGAUUAAAGUGAGCGGGGUGAAUAAUAAUUUUGACUYUUUUAUACUGAUGCCUUCUCCUGACAGUGGAGAAAUAAAAACUCAUUUAAUUUA